AUGUCAGUAAUGGACGGUUAAUGGCGCCAAAAUAAUAGAUUUACUCAGAAACACCGCUUUAUAUUACGUCUUUAUGCUAGUAUUUUUUGUUACAAAUAUUUUUUUAUUACCAAGUCAGUGCUUUUUCUGCAUCUUAAAUUCUUUGGCUCAAAAUGGCACAUUUGCUCACCAAAGGAGCCCUUGCGGACAUUAUGCAGGGCGGAAACUAUGACCAACCCGUUGUCCAAGUAUUAACCAUAAAAAAAGUGAGCUCUAGCUCUGGCCAACCUGAAAAAGAUAGGUACCGAACCUUUAUAUCAGAUGGCCAGAACACUGUUUCAUUUGCGAUGAUGACUGCUCCGGUAUAUGCUAAAAUUGGCCCCAAUAAAGAAAUUCAGAAAUACUCUAUUAUGAAAAUUAGAAAGUAUGUUACUAGUGUGAUCAAUAAUUCAGAGGGGAAAGAUAGCCGUGUGUUGCUUAUCCUUGACUUUGAAAUAUUGGAAGAUGGUGAUGGCAUAGGGCAAAAGAUAGGUAAUCCUGUGCCUUGUUCAGACAAGAGUGCAUCGGGGACCUUGAAUGGUGCAAGCAUGAAACCUGGGACAAAUGAUGUUAAGCCCAACAGCAGGCCUGCAUCUAGUCCAAAUGGAGAUUGUGCACCAUCUGCGAAGGUGCCACGGAUGUUGGAUUCUGCUAAUGUAAAGUCUAGUACCAGUAAUGGACAACAUCUUACCCAUCCCAUAUCAAGCUUAAGCCCAUAUCACAACAAAUGGAUUAUAAAGGCCAGAGUAACAAGCAAAAGUGAUAUAAGAAAAUGGGAAAAUGCAAAGGGUUCUGGUCAACUAUUCAGCUUUGACUUAAUUGAUGAAAGUGGGGAAAUACGCUGCACAGCUUUUAGGGAAAUGGUGGAUAAAUUUUUCCCAAUGAUUGAAGUGGACAAAGUUUACUAUAUCUCGAAAUGUCAAUUAAAACCGGCAAACAAACAAUAUAGCAGCUUGAAAAAUGACUACGAAAUGUCAGUCACGUCCGAGACAGUUAUAGAAGAAUGUCUUGACGACCCUAUGGAAAAAUUACAAACCCGUUAUGAAUUUGUUCCUAUUAGUCAGAUUGCCAAUAUUGAAAAGGAUCAGACAAUAGAUGUAAUUGGAGUGGCAAAACAUACGUCCGAACUUCAAACGUUCCAAGCAAAAACGACCGGACGAGAAUUAAAGAAAAGGGAUGUUCAACUUAUUGAUCAAAGCAAUACUGUAGUAAGUUUAACUCUCUGGGGCACUCAAGCGGAAAACUUCGAUGGCUCUGGCAAUCCGGUUAUUGCGUUAAAAAGUGCACGAGUUGGUGAAUUUGGUGGUGGAAAACAAAUUUCUACUAUUUCAAGUACUGUUAUGAAAAUCAACCCAGAAAUAAAGGAGUGUUACCAGCUUAAAGGAUGGUAUGAAUCAGUGGGUGCAAAUGUGAAUGUUAAUGAUAUCAGCUUAAGAACUGGUGGUCCAGGAAAUUUCCAGACUCCAUGGAUGUGCUUCAAAGAGGUUGUCGAUCAACAAGUGGGCAUGCACGAUAACACCAGAGGUGAAUUCUAUCAAGUCAAGGGCACCAUUCUACUUCUCCGAACUGAAAACUGUCUUUACAAAGCGUGUCCCAGCGAGAGUUGCAACAAGAAAGUCGUGGACCAGAAUGACGGGACUUUUCAUUGCGAAAAAUGCCAGAAGAGCUAUGAAGGUUUCAAGUAUAGGCUAUUGUGUAGCAUGAACGUCGGCGAUUGGAGCGGCAACCAGUGGGUAAGCAUGUUCAGCGAUGAGGCGGCAAAAGUAAUUGGAACCACUGCUGAUGAAGCCGGUGAAUUAUUCGAUAAUGAUAAGCACAGAUUUACAGAAUUAAUGGAGAGUACCCACUUCAAAGAGUUUAUCUUUAAAUGUAGAGCAAAGAUGGAGAAUUACAAUGAUGAAAGUCGUCUUAAAACUGUGGCCGUAAGAGUUGAUCCGAUAAACUAUGAAGAAUAUAACAACCAUUUAAUUAACAACAUCAAACAACUGACAAAUAAUUAUUAAAUAUGUUGUUAUAAUCUGUAUUUGGUAUGUGGAUGCUUAUUUUAAAAACAAAAAUUAUUUAUAAACAUUUUUUUUACAUAAGAUCUAAAUAUAAUUUCAGUUUUAAAAUAA